AUGAGUAAGUCAACUCAGGUGUUCGUUAUAGCUGGAGCAACUAGGCUUCUACUACCAGUCCUAGUAUCAUCAUUGGUACCCAUCUUAUCAUCUUCAACAGAAUUAUCAACUCCCAUCACUUCAUUCAAAGCUUUACAAGAAGCAUUCUAUUUUUUAGACCAUAACUUAAACCUAUAUGAUGGUGGAGUCAAUCAUCAUCCACCAUUAUUAGUCAUUAUAUUAUCAUUUUUCAAUUCAUUUCCAUACCCAAACUUUUGGUUUUCACUAAUUUACACGGUUACCGAUUUACUAAUAGCUUCAAAUCUUGUUCAAAUUAAUAAGUGGUAUAAUCGAUAUAGAUCAAAACAUCAUGGAUUUGAGCAAAAAUAUCUCGGGUUUAAUGAUGAUUUAAUUGCAUGUUUCUACUUAUUCAAUCCAUUGAUAUUGUUGACUAACUUGAGUCAUUCUACAAUUGUAUUUACAUGGUUCUUCAUAGUCCAAUCAAUAUCUCAAAUAGUAAUUAAAAAGAAUGUCAUUAGAUCAAUGAUUUCAUUAGCUAUUGCAAGUUAUCUUUCAUUUCAUUCAUUAUACUUGUUACCUUCGAUACUUGCUUUAGCAUAUGCCACGAGCUCAAGAGAUAUAUUAAAAUUUUCAAUCAUCAAUUUGGGAGCUUUUGCAACUUCGCUAGCCAUUUUAUUAUACGCGUCUUUUGUAUGUACUGGAUCAUGGCUAUUUAUUGACAAAUGUUACACAACUGUUGUUUUGUUCAAGAAAAUCACACCAAAUGUUGGACUAUGGUGGUAUUUGUUUACGGAAAUGUUUGAAUUUUUUACACCAUUUUAUACUGGGAUGUUUAACUUAUACUCAUUUGUCUUUAUUAUACCAAUUACUUUAAGAUUAUUUGAAUAUAGAAAAAGUCCGAAAUUGGGAGACUCAUUUCUUUCCAUAAUUUUAUCAAUGCUAUGGGUUUCAUUUACAAAGUCAUAUCCAACAAUAGGUGACUUGGGAUUUGUAUUGUCAAUCCUUCCAAUGUUUAAGGAUACAAUUUUGACUCAUUGUAAGAUGUUGUUCAUCACAGGAAUGACAUUAAUAAUUUCGUUAAUACUAUCACCAAUUUUUUAUUACUGUUGGAUUGUUUUAGGUAAUGGUAAUUCAAAUUUCUUUUACAGUAUAAAUCUCAUUUGGGGAGGAGUUCAUUUACUUCUUUUAAUGGAAUUAAUUUGGGCUCAAUUAAUUGUUGAUUAUGGAGUUGAAAAUGAUUUGAGUGAUGAACAACUCAAACAAACAACUUUAGCUCAGUUGUAA